AUGAAGAUUUAUUUAAUUUUAAUUUUAUUUUUAAAUUUGUAAAAACAUAAAUUAAAUAGCUAGCUAAAAUAUUUAUUUGUACAUAUAUAUUUAUUCACUAAUUAAUUAAUAAAUUAAUUUAAAAAAUUACUUAUUUCUAGUUUAAUUUAUUUCAAUUUAACUGUUUAUUUGUAUUAGCUUGUUAAUAAUUGCUUUAUCAUUUGCAGAUAUUAUUAAUUAGUUAAUAAAUUAAUUAAUCAGAUUUAGCGCAAAUAUUAAUUUGAAAUUGAAUAACAAAAAUUAAAAUAAUAUCUACUUUCUCUCAAUCAAAAUUUAAAAAAGUGUAGAAGUAAUUUAAAAUGGACUCACAAGCUUAGGAAAUUAUUGACAAAGAUAAGUUUCUAUAAUAUUUAAAUAGUUUGCCAAAUAAAGAUUAAAUAACUCUAAAAGAAGCAUUAGAGCAAUAUGUUCAGGAAAAAAGACGCGAAAUAGACUAAGCUUAUGAAUACAAUAUGUAAAAAAUAGAUCACUUUUAGAUAUAAAUGUAAUAAAAAUAUCUCAGCAACUAACAUUAGAACUGAUGAUCAAUAAAAAAUUAAAUUAAAAUAAAAAAUCCUUUUAUAAAUAAAAUUGUUUGUUUUUAUAAAAUGUUUGCAAGUUUUUUUUUUUUCUUCUAAUUUUUAAUUAAAAUUAUUAGCAAAAGGAUAUUGA